UUUGCCCAUCAAAAAUUAAAAAGUUCGCUCACGGCUUGUUGUUUUUUGUUAUUGAGGUAUAAAAAGAGCAAGAGCUAAAAAUAUUUCCAAAAAUAUCGUCAUCGAACGCAAAUUCAAGCUGGGCAAGGGGCUGGCAGGGCUAAGUGAAUUGGCAUUAUUGUAUAAUUUACAUAAACAAAUGCAUAAUUUGAGUGGGCCAGCACCAAAACCAAUACCAAGCCGACGGCAACAACAGCAACUACAACCGCACCACGUAAACAUAGAUAAGUAAAGCCGCCUCAACACAAAACCACAAAGUGAAACAUACUGUACUAGGAUAAAGGAGAGGUGAUAAGGAUUUCUGAGGAAAGGAAGGAUCUACAAUUGUUCAUAGCUCAAAAUGGGUAUUAUUUUAGCAAAAUUUCGGAAAGAAAAAUCCACGCAGGAGGUCUUAGAAGCCUUGCAAGAAAAGAUCGAUACCUUGGAGAAUUUUACAUAUGAUACCCAGCAGCAAAAGAAGCGUAUUGUAGGCAAUUUCGUUGCUGCCUCCAUAGGCGUUUACAUUAUUGCUUUUGCUGUAUUUUAUUUCAUCUAUUUUCCGCCGACAUGGAGGGAUCGCAUUAUCUACUCCAUACCAUUGCUGGUAUUCCCCUUCAUCAUUAUUCUCCUUCGUCACUUAUUUACAUGGUACUUCCAACGUAAAUUGAAUAAAAACUCGAAGAAGCUGACAGUCCUCAGAGCUGAGAAGAAAAAAAUUCUGGAACAAGUCAUGGAUAAAGAAACCUACAAGGUGGCUGUAAAUCUCUUGUCACGUUUUGCCGACAAACCCAGUCGAUCAGCAUUUAGUGCCGCUUCCUCAACAAUGCGCACCCCAUUGAAAACAAAUCAGCCUUCAUUGAAUCGAUCUCUACCGACUACAGCAAUGAAGACAAAUCAAUUGGCGUUGACCGCCUCAACGCCCAAUGUAACCAGGGUUGGUAAUACUUCUUUGGCAUCAGCAGCAGCACCAGUGCCAGCUCCAACAUUUGCGGGAAGCACUACUCCACGUACUGCUACAACAGCAAUGUCACCCUACAACAGUGCUAGUAGCAACAGUGGAAGUGGUCAGAUAGUGCGCCGUCGCACUCCCUUCCCCGUGGUCAAUCAAAACGAAAAGGGGGUUUUCGAAAAAAUUGUCGAUGUUCUUAUAGGUGAUGGUCCGGGUGAUCGUUUUGCCAUGAUAUGUAAAGAGUGUUAUGGUCACAACGGAAUGGCCUUAAAGGAGGAUUUCGAAUAUACUACUUUUAGAUGUGCAUUUUGUAAUGCCUUAAAUCCGGCAAGAAAAUCCAGACCGGUAGCGCCACGUUUGUCAGUUUUGCCAAAACCUUCGAUUGCAGCUGGCGAUUCAUCGUCUGAUGAUAAGGAUGACUCAGAUGAUGAGCGCCCUGCAGCAUCAGAUGCCACCCUAUUUGCAACACCCUUGAUGGCAGCCAUGGCUGCUCGCAACUCAAAUGUAGAUGCCUCAUCCUCCUCCUCUUCGGAUGAACGAAGUCAACAAAGGGAUGAACCAACAAACAACGAAGAGGCUUUAGAAGAAGAACGAGCAAACGAUAUUGAAUCAAAGGCUGACAAUAAUGAGAAUAUAGAAAAGUCUGAUUCUGCCAUAGACGAUGUGAGUCCCGAAGAGUAAAAGCAUUUUACAACAACACAGAGAAAACCGAAAGGAACAGAAAACGCAUCACCAGUCAAUCAAGUUACAAGGAAAUCAUUUUAUUGUUGUUUAUUGAAUUUACAAACGGAACAUUUGUACUCCAAUUAUUUCUAUAGUCUUAGUGUAACCAAUUUAACUUAAUUUACAUAUACACAACAGCAACAACAACAACAACAAAAUACCCCUAAAUGAUGUUACUUAUGUUUCUUAAUUUACAAAUUACUAAUUUUACAUAAUCAAUUUUCUCAUUUAUCUAUCUCUGUAACCCAACACACUCCUAGGCAUUUCUAUUUUUUAUUUAAUUUUUUUAUUAUUUUUUCCGCCUAUUAUGGAUUGCUUUUAUUAGUUUUAGUUAACAAAAAAAAAUUAACUUAUUACUUUUGAAAAAAUGGAAACCUCCAGAAAGUAUAUUUAUUAGAAAAUGUGAAAAUAAUGUUUGAAAUGGUUGAAAGUGAAUAUUGUAAAUAUUUGCUUACGCCCAUGAGUUAAGAAAGAAAUUGUAAAUUAAAUCUA